AUGAGAACCCAUGGGUCGAUCCAAGCAUCGACGCCCAUGUCGGAUGUGUCCUCAGGGACAGCCUCCAGCAGAACAAAGCGGCCCUCGGAGUCGUCUCCAAAAGGCUCGGAUUCGAACCGUCGAAAAGCUGCCAAGGUCAGCCGUGCUUGCGAUCACUGUAAGCUCAAGAAACUCAAGUGCACCGGGACAAUUCCGUGUUCUCUGUGCACCAAGAAGGGCCUCUCUUGUCAAUACGAUGCCCAAUAUCGACGUGGCCGACCUCCGACUCCCCCAGCUGCAGCGUCACCAGAAAACCAUACGAGGCAGUCUUGCACAACUGAAACUGACCGGCUAGCAUCCAGCGCAGCCAAACCCCAAGACAAUUACACGUCGCGAGCGACAUCUCGCGGCUCACCCGGACUUGAAACCGCCGAGAUUGAAGGGCAAAUAGUUGACCCUACUUCAAAUCUUACCUUUAUCCACCGUGCCUGGAAAAGACUGGCCCUGCAAAAACGAGAUACGGGGCCUAAUGUCCUAACUGGAUCAGAACACUCUCAGCCGCUUAUGUCGGCAGGUGAUAAGCCAUUCAUGACCCCACAAGGCCAGGACUUGAUGUUCCUAGACCAGGAGACGUCAGUGGAGCUAUUCAAAUUUUAUUUUGACAAUUGCGUCGUCACGUACCGCGUCCUCAACCAGCAAAACUGCUUCUCAUGGCUGGGAACAAUUCUUCACAAUGUUCAAAACGGUCUCCCUCUGCAUACCGGCCUCAGCCAUGCCAAGGCGGCAAUAGUGGUCAGUAUCUUGGCCAUCGCCAGUCUCAGGCAGCACAAAAUUUCCGCACCGGUACCCCUGGACACGGGAGAAUCUUUUGCACUUCGGCAAAGCGAGCAAUACUUUACCACGUCUAUAAAUCUCACAGCUGGAGAGACUGGCUUGCCUAGGGUAGAAUCCGCCCAGGCUAGAGUCUUACAGGUGUUGUAUCUUCUCCAGACGUCGCGGAUGAAUCAGGCGUGGUAUGUGUUUGGCAACACUGUUCCCAUUGUUUCCGCACUUGGCCUGCACCGCAAAACAGCCCGGCAUCGAGUUGGAGGAAGCCGAAGUCCAACCAUGGACUACAUAAUGUCAGAGUGCUGCAAGAGAACUUUCUGGGUUGUGUAUACCAUAGACAAGUAUCUUGCUGUGGUUUUUGGCAGGCCCAGAUUCUACCACGACGACGAUGUGGAUCAAGACUACCCGGACAGAGUCAAUGACGAGGACAUGACGCCUCAGGGGCCAUCACUUUCUGAGCCCAGGAUGGAUUGUCAUAUUGACUCGUUGAUCUUUCACGCUAGGGUGGCUAGGAUUAUCGAAAACACCUCUCGAGAAGUCUACUCCCUAAAACCGAUGACCAACAACGAACGACUGGCCGCAGCGCAACGGUUUACUCGCCAACUGCACGAGUGGCGUGAAGAACUGCCACCAUACCUUGGAACCGUCCGUCCCUCAAGCCUCAUCCCAAGUUUCGGUAGACAGGCUACAGCUUUGAAGCUGGCUUAUUGCCACGCAAUCAUGCACGCCAAUAGACCCUUUCUACUGGAUCAUUCCGGAGAUCCUGGUGAAACGGCGAUGCGCGAGUGUGUUGCCGAGUGCAUAAGCGCAGCCAAAAUGGCCUUGGAGACUGUCGAUCGCAUGUUUUCAGACGGAACCGUGCUAUUCUAUGCGCUCUGGUGGACGCCAUAUGUCACAUUCUGCGCGUUGGCAAUUGUUUACGUGUGGGAAAUUAAACAAAAAGCAAACGGCAUGACAGAAAUUGAGGAUCCCUCACUGUUCACUCUCGCUGAGCAAUGCCAAUGCCAUCUGGCCAAGGCAAUUUCCUCCGAAUCCGCAAGCCGAAGAUACAGCAUCAUCAUUGAGGAGCUCAGGGUUGAGGCCAGACACAGUUCCGCACCAGUGCUCAUGCGGCACCAGAUGAUAGAUCAGCCACAAGAGUCUACAAUGACUGAUGACGGUGACCAGCGAGUUCUGGAAUCAAUGGCAGACGAUCUCGGGUCCAUGUUUGAGGAUCAAGGCGAAGCUCAUUUCCAAUCAAUGCUGAACCCUCUAAGCCAAUGGCAAGCUACUGAUUGGCUAGACUUGGACUCUUCAGUAAGUAUUGGUUGGCCUGUGGCUCUCCCCAGUUCAUGCUAA